UCCACGACUACGGAAAGGUACAAGAAGACAAUCUAAUCUCCACUGUCUGCGGUAUUUCCACUUGCUGUUGGAGAAGCAAGGCCUUUUCCGCUCGGCAGCGUUUUGCGUCGUGGGCCGCCAAGCCGUCUCUCUCUGUUGAACUCAACUGCCCCGUGAUGUUCGUCUGCAUGUAACCAUCAUCUGUGCCAGCGCCACGAGGCGAUACGCGCUCUUUCCCUGUCUUCCUUUCGUGUGCCGCUUUAUUGGAACCUCUGUGCCAUCCAUCGCGUAGAAACAGUUCCGGGACAUUGACCCUCAUCUGCUGGUGUGCGUUCCUGGCCCUGUCCGAUCACCCUUUUGUACGUCACCUGGUCGUUUCCCCCCUUUUUUUCUCGUUCAUUUUGCAAGCUGUUUUGAUGCAAAGCAGAUAUACCUGCUUUUCCAGGUCUGCCCCCUUCCCACGCCGAGUGGACUACCGGAGUUCUUUUUUAAGCAGGGAAAGGCGUCCGCUGCUUUUGUGGAUGCCGGCGGGCUCGCGGGUCUCACUGAGCUUCCUCGGUCGUCCUUGAGGCAACUGGAAGGCAGUUCUCUUCUGAGUUGCCUCUGGUGACGUCAUACAACUCAAAGGUGAUCCACUUUUUCGUUGGAGAACUCGUGUCUCCGCAGCAUGCGCAAAGGGAGUCUCGGACCCUCAAUUUGCGAAGUUUCUACUCUUCCGACCGCGUAACUCGUAGGUCUUAAGCGGACGAAAGAGUUCGUGCAAUGGCGCGCGCACAUAUCGCCACGGGCGCCAGCCCCUCUCCGGCUUCGGCGCCUCUAGAUUCUUGCACGGCGGACUGCCGUCCUGAUAGAGACGGGCCUUUUAUAAAGGCCGCCUGGAACGAGGAGGGAUGGCUUGAGACAGCUGCAAGGCAGCCUCUCUUUCUUCUGCUGAAGGAUGGGGAAAGUCGCACACACCGGCAGAGAGCUCUUGAGAUGACACUCGGCCAUCUCGACGAUUUAGUGGAGACAACGACGGGCGGCCAAUCUGGGGGCCAGGCGAGUCAGGCGUACAGGGGUUCCGGUCACAGAUCUUUCACUUCCCUUCUUUUGCGGAAUUCGAGGAGAGGAAAGGAGAGCGGCAGUGAGGACGGCGUUCUUCAGCGGGAAGGAGAGAGAAGUUACAGCAAGAGCGACGUUCCUGAGUCGAGUGACAGCGAUGCUGACGAAGCAGAGGACGGACAGCAUUGCCAGAGUGGCGUGUCUGUACAGCAGGUAUGGGCACUCGUAGACACAGAAGGGAAGCGUUUGCUCCGGAGGUUGAGGAGGAAAGUGAAUGACUUGCAUGCGUCAGAAAUGACAAGCCGUCGUGGGCUGAAGAGAAGUAGGAAACAGAGGAACAAGGAAGACCGCGGCGUGACAGACGCAGCAGCUGAUGCAUCCGGUUUUUUCCACGAUGCCGCAGAAGGCAGACAGUGGAAAGAACGUUUCCUCUGGCUCUUACCUGAAGACGCAGAAGAAACAGAUCAAGAGGUUGACUUCAAUUCAGAAGAAGCGGAGGAUCACAGAGGGCAAGAUGAAGAGGAUCAACGGGAAGGAGAUGAGGAGGAGGAAGAGGGAAUAGACGACGCUGAAGGCUACCCGGAGAAACAGUCAAGAACCAAUGCGGAAGCUGCAUCAGAGGAAGCGUCCUCGGAUUCGGAAGCAGGAGACAGCACCGAGCCAGGCGGUACCUCAGAGGGAGGGGACGAUAAGAAGGACGAUGACCCUUUCUUUUCCAUGGAGGAGAUGCAACGUUUUGUUCUUCAAGAAGAAGAGAAGGAACUCAGAAGGCUGAAUGCGGAGAAGAAAGGGCCGCUUGAUCCCGCAGGUGAAACAGAUGAGGAAGAAGCCAGUGACGAGGAUGACCUGUGUUGGGAGGAACCGGGAGAUGAUGACGACGAAGCAAGGAAUAUGAAGUUUUCAGAUUUUUUUGAUGACCCUGUCUCUGGUAAGCUAGAGAAGGAGGACGAUUCUUCGUUUGGAAAGGAGAAAAAAAGGAAAACGCACCUGGAUGAAGAGAAUUCACAGGAAGGUGACGACUCCGCUGACGAAGAGAAGGGCUUCAUUUUUGAGGAAGGUGAAAUGGACGAAGAAGAAAGGCGCCUCCAGUGUGAACUAGAUCGCCUGGAACGCCGUCUGCGGGAAGAGGAAAAAGACAAGCAGCGCCAGCAGAAAGGUCAGGGCGACCGUGACAGCACUGAUGUGGAAGAGGAUGACAGCGAUGAUGCAUCUAGCUCACUGGCUGACAGUGCUGAGGAGGAACGCAGCCCGCAAGACGGUAGGAGUCUUCGAAACGCAUCUCUUCGUGAAGUUAUGGCCAGGUCUACAUCUCUGCAAAGUGACAUUGACAAGCUAGAACGGGAGCUCGUUUCCAAGAAGGCAUGGAAUCUCCAGGGAGAGGCGUGGGCGAAACAGCGGCCUCGAAAUGCGCUUCUGGAUAUCGGUCCUCUAGAUCUGCCUCUUCUGGGUGCCUCUGUGAAGGAUGAGAAAGUAAUGGAGGGUGACGGCCUGGGCAAGCUAGGUGAAGGCGACGAUGAACAGGACGAGGCACAAAAGAUCAGCAAGCUCAGUGAGUACAUUGAGAAUGUUGUGAGACGUCGCAUCGACGAAAACCUCUUUGACGAUGUCGUUCGACGCGCAGUUGUGCCUCCGAACAAAGCGUCGCACCAGAAAGACGACCCAGGAGCGGAACUCGACAUGGAGAAGAGCAAAGUCGGCCUUGGGGACCUGUAUGCUAUUGAAUAUGAGAAGCAAGUCCUCGGAGGGGAGGCAGGAGGAAGUGGGAAGAUGUCAGCUGAAGAGAAGCAGAAGGCAGAACUUUUGGAAAUGUUUGGAUCGCUGAUGUAUAAACUAGACUGCCUGAGCAAUAUGAGCUUCCGGCCAGCUCCGGCUGCUGUAGCGGAGAAAGCCAAGUUAGGAGGUGGAGAUGGCAUUGCGGCUGUACAGGUGGAAGAGGCUGUGCCUGUGCUCCUUAGUGGUGCGAUGAGGAAGGCUCCAGAGGAACUGAGGAAGGCGUCGAAGGACAAGGAGAAGGACGAGAUGACGCAAGCAGAACGCAAGGCCGAACGGCGAAACAAGAAGGAGCGGCGUCGAAAACGUGUUCUAGGACAAGUAAGACGUGGAGAGUUGACGAAAGAGGGGCUAAAGGAGAGGGAAACCAAGCUUGCGGCGAAGAACAAAGAACAGAAGGCGAAUAAACUUAACAAGAAGCAAACUGGACUAACUCAGCAAGAAGCCCUUGCGGAACUGAGAAAGAACCAGAGACGAGUCAAGGUUCAAGAACUUCUUAGUGAUGCCAUGAAAGCGAUGCGGAAGGAACGCCGUCAAAAGGCCGGUGCUUGAGUACCCGAGGCAAACAAUGGUGUUGGCAGACAAGGUGCGUAGAACAACCGGGGCAACUACAAUUGAGUUCAGGAGACUGUAGCGAAUACCGGAGAAAUUCGACCAUCGGAGUUGGAUCUCGGAGAAUCCGGCAGACUGGUGUACGAAGAAUGAAUGCUCUUCGUGCAUUUCAGUAGCGCCUGGUCAUGGAGGUUCGGUUCAACACUUAUCGCUUCCGUGGCUUGAGCUUAGCAUGGACUUUUCCAAACGUGCAUUGUGGCAGUGACAGCUCCCUGUCACCUGCAGACAGUUCAUGCCUCACAGUAAUAGCAGGAAAUCAGGUGAGAGUGUAUCACGUGGAGCUUCGCGAGUCUGCGUAUGUUACAGCCAUAUCGAUGUGGCCGUCUUGCGGACGUCCUCUACUGUUCUGUGAAGUGACAUAUCGAGUGAAGGCUACUCCUUGAAACGAUCACUGGCACCAACUGUUUGUGACAGCUCUGUCGGACUCCAAAAGUCUGACUUUGUCUGACUUCUUCUCACAUCGUACAGGAACUUUCAGUCAAUCUGUGUGACGAUGAUCCCGCUUCGUCUUCUUUUGCGAG